UCGGCACAGGCGCACAGCAAUCCUUAACCAACAAACCCUCUGAUAAAUUUUUGUCUUUUUGCUCCUCCGCCGCGGAAAGCCGUUAGCGGCGGUUGCGUAAAUGGAAGGCGACGCCCAACCGAAAUGCCACGUGGUGGCGGUGCCGUAUCCCGGGCGAGGCCACGUCAACCCAAUGAUGAAUCUCUGCAAGCUCAUCGCCGUCCACCGCCCCGACACACUCUUCACUUUCAUUCUCACUGAAGAAUGGUACGGCUUCAUCUCCGGCGACCCCAAGCCGGAGAAUCUGAGAUUCGCCACCGUCCCCAACGUAGUCCCUUCCGAAAUUGGGCGGGCGAAGGACUUCGCGGCCUUCUUCAGGGCCACGCAGACCGAGCUGGAGGCGCCCGUGGAGGCGCUGCUGGAUAGGCUCGACGACCGGCCUGAGCCCAAUGUGAUUAUACACGACACGUACUUGCCGUGGGUGGUGGCGGUCGGGAAUCGGAGGAAUAUUCCGGUGGCGUCGCUUUUCACGAUGUCGGCGGCCACUUUUUCGGUUUUUCUUCACUGGGAUCUCCUGGUUCAGAACGGCCACUCUCAUUAUCCCAACGUUUCAGAGCGAGUUAACUAUAUUCCCGGAAUACCAUCCAUUCAAGUGCCAGAUCUUCCCACUCCGAUCCAUGGCAAAGGCAAGGAAUUGGUUGAUGAUGUUUUGAAGGUUUUAUCAUUGGUGCCCAAAGCACAAUACCUUUUAUUCACUUCAGUUUAUGAGCUCGAAGCUCCCGCCAUUGAUGCUAUAAAGCAAAGCUUGUCGUCUCUCCCCAUCCACACAAUCGGUCCUGCAAUUCCCUACUUCAACCCCAUAGACGAUGGCAAACCCCCUUUUGUUCUUGCAGAUAAAGAAUCAGAUUCCAUAAUCAAAUGGCUGGAUUCCCAGCCGGAAAGCUCUGUCAUUUACAUUUCACAGGGAAGCUUUCUUUCUGUCUCGAGUUCUCAGCAGGACGAAAUCGUCGCCGGUGUGCACGCUAGUGGCGUUCGGUUUUUGUGGGUGACACGGGGCGAAGAAUCUCAGUUUCGGAGGGAAAAUAAUAAUGGCAGCGGGUGUUUGGUUGUGCGGUGGUGCAACCAGUUUGAGGUGUUGCGCCACCGUGCGGUGGGCGGGUUUUGGUCGCACUGUGGGUGGAACUCGACGAAAGAGGCGGCGUUCGCAGGCGUGCCUGUGCUCACGUUUCCCAUAUUCUGGGAUCAGACCACCAACAGUAAGAUUAUCGUGGAGGACUGGAAGAUCGGGGUGAAGGUGCAGAGAGGGGAUGGAGGUUUGGUGGGAAGGGGAGAGAUUGGUGAGCUGUUGAAGAGAUUCAUGGAUUUGGAGAAUGCAGAGAUGAAGGAGAUGAGGAGAAGAGCAAAAGUGGUGCAACAAAUAUGUCACACUUCUAUGGAGAAAAGUGGUUCUUCCUAUGUAAAUAUUGAUGCUUUCAUCAAUGAAAUUUCAUAGCUAGACAUUUUGGAAUCAAAAUUUUACACCAAAAUCGUGUUUUGGUGCCUUCGAGCUAGUUCUAGCCAAGUUGGCAUAACAAUUUACUUGGUAACCAUGUGUCAGGUUCAAAGUUUAAUACGGAGUAUUAAAUUUGAGUUGACCAGUUAUGGGUCCUGUGAGUUGUUCUUGUGGUCUUUUAUUAAAUAGGGUCAUAAAUUGAGUUUCAUCCCUAACUAGAUAGUAAUUAGGGAUUUUUCCUUAAAUUAAAGUAUGUAUUUGGUAAUGUCGUGUGAUAAUGUCACUAUGGGCUUUCAUUGAUAUUGUUAUCAAUUAUCAAUAGUCUUUGGAUUUGGACUUGC